UGUGCAUGACAGGCUCUAGAAAGGAAAAUUCUCCUGAUUAACAUGAAAACUAGCUUUUAUGGACACUCUUUGAAGUCUCACCAUUCCACCACAAAAUACAGGAAAGCUAACAAAGUCUCUCAGUUGAAGAUAUCCAAGGGUUAAUAGAGAUACAGUGGAGAAAUAAAUAAAUACAACUUUUGAUAAAUGGGAAGAAGGAGAUGUUCAAAAAAGAGGUGUCCGAAAUGGCUUUUCAGAUGGCUGUGUGGAUGCAGAUGCAAUCAGAGCUCAACGAAGGAGUAUUCUGUGCCUCGCUGCCGUUACAGAGAGCAUCACCGUGGCGAACGGGACAUGACUGCAGCAGCUUCCAUUUCCCAUCAGAUAGCAUUCCAUAAGACACCUGGAGGAUCAUGCCAUUCAAGUGUGGAAGAGACGAGCAACACACAAAAUAUCCCAACGCCUGAGUAUCAGGUGGAGGCAGGGGAAUCAGAGUACAGCAUUCUUCCUGAGCCACAACCACAUCAACCGGCUGAGGAUGAGGAUUCCAGAAUUUUGCUACAGAAAACGAUCAUGCAAGAAAAAAAGAAAGAAAAGGAACCAAGAUUGCUAAGAAAAGAAGUAAUUUUCUUUAAAUGGCCAAGACGUCAUCCCCUGAGCAAUUUCCUAAAAACCCACUCAAAAAAGAGUGCUCAUCGCAGACGGAACAAUGGCGAAAGCACGUUUGAACCAAGUGGAAGGAAAACUUCGAAGAGGGAAAUUUUACUCUCUAUACCAACCUACAGAGUAUCAGAAGACCAGGAAUCUUCGGAGGGACAAGAUUCAGGAGCUGUUUCCUCAGAAGAGGAUAAAAUAACUUCCUGUUUUGCUGCUAAAGUCUGUUUUGAGGUCAAACAAGAUUAUACAAAUCAUCAGUUUCUGGGGCCUGAAGGAAAUGUGGAUGUUGAGUUGAUUGAUAAGAGCACAAACAGAUACAGUGUUUGGUUCCCCACUGCUGGCUGGUAUCUGUGGUCAGCCACAGGCCUCGGCUUCCUGGUAAGGGAUGCAGUCACGGUGACGAUUGCGUUUGGUUCCUGGAGUCAGCACCUGGCCCUGGACCUGCAGCACCAUGAACAGUGGCUGGUGGGUGGCCCCUUGUUUGAUGUCACUGCAGAGCCAGAGGAGGCUGUCGCCGAAAUCCACCUCCCCCACUUCAUCUCCCUCCAAGCAGGUGAGGUGGACGUCUCCUGGUUCCUUGUUGCCCAUUUUAAGGAUGAAGGGAUGGUCCUGGAGCAUCCAGCCCGGGUGGAGCCUUUCUAUGCCGUCCUGGAAAAGCCCAGCUUCUCUCUGAUGGGCAUCCUGCUGCGGAUUGCCAGCGGGACCUGCCUCUCCAUCCCCAUCACUUCCAACACGUUGAUCUAUUAUCACCCCCACCCCGAAGAUAUUAAGUUCCACUUGUACCUUGUCCCCAGCGACGCCUUGCUAACGAAGGCGAUAGAUGAUGAGGAAGAUCGCUUCCAUGGUGUGCGCCUGCAGACUUCGCCCCCAGUGGAACCCCUGAACUUUGGUUCCAGUUAUAUUGUGUCUAAUUCUGCUAACCUGAAAGUAAUGCCCAAGUGGAUCUCCAGCUUGCAGCUGCAUCAGCCCCUCCUCCUUUCUCAGGUGCAGCCUUUGUGAAGGAGAACCACCGGCAACUCCAAGCCAGGAUGGGGGACCUGAAAGGGGUGCUCGAUGAUCUCCAAGACAAUGAGGUUCUUACUGAGAAUGAGAAGGAGCUGGUGGAGCAGGAAAAGACACGGCAGAGCAAGAAUGAGGCCUUGCUGAGCAUGGUGGAGAAGAAAGGGGACCGGGCCCUGGACGUGCUCUUCAGAAGCAUUAGUGAAAGGGACCCUUACCUCGUGUCCUAUCUUAGACAGCAGAAUUUGUAAAAUGAGUCAGUUAGGUAGUCUGGAAGAGAGAAUCCAGCGUUCUCAUUGGAAAUGGAUAAACAGAAAUGUGAUCAUUGAUUUCAGUGUUCAAGACAGAAGAAGACUGGGUAACAUCUAUCACACAGGCUUUCAGGACAGACUUGUAACCUGGCAUGUACCUAUUGACUGUAUCCUCAUGCAUUUUCCUCAAGAAUGUCUGAAGAAGGUAGUAAUAUUCCUUUUAAAUUUUUUCCAACCAUGGCUUGAUAUAUCACUAUUUUAUCCAUUGACAUGAUUCUUGAAGACCCAGGAUAAAGGACAUCCGGAUAGGUGUGUUUAUGAAGGAUGGGGCCUGGAAAGGCAACUUUUCCUGAUUAAUGUGAAAAAUAAUUCCUAUGGACACUCCGUUUGAAGUAUCACCUUCUCAUAACUAAAAGCAGAAAAGCUAACAAAAGCUUCUCAGCUGAGGACACUCAAGGCAUACAUGAUGACAGUCUUUUUUUUUUUUUUUUGCAUGUUAGGACUUUAACACUUUAUCUAUGGCUACUGUUAUUAGAAUAAUGUAAAUGUAUUUGCUGAAAGAGAGCACAAAAAUGGGAGAAAAUGCAAACAUGAGCAGAAAAUAUUUUCCCACUGGUGUGUAGCCUGCUACAAGGAGUUGUUGGGUUAAAUGUUCAUGGUCAACUCCAAGGAAUACUGAGAUGAAAUGUGGUAAAUCAACUCCACAGAACCACCAAAAAGAAAAUGAGGGUAAUUCAGCUUAUUCUGAGACAGACAUUCUUGGCAAUGUACCGUACAAAAAAUAAGCCAACUCUGACAUUUGGAUUCUACCAUAGACUCUGUCAUUUUGUAGCCAUUUCAGCUGUCUUUUGAUUAAUGUUUUCGUGGCACACAUAUUUCCAUCCUUUUAUGUUUAAUCUGUUUAAAACAAGUUCCUAGUAGACACCAUCUGGUUGAGUCAGUUUUUUUAUGGUGUAUUUUGAACCCAUUCUGAUAGUCUCUUUUAACUGGAAAAUUUCAAUUACUUACGUUAAUGUAAUUAUUAAUAUGUUAGGAUUUAUCCUCAGUCAGCCAGUUUGUUACGUCUUUUCUAUUCUACUGUUAUCACAUUUGUACCACUUAAAGUGGAAUCUAGGCACUUUAUCACCAUUUAGAUCCUAUUACCUUUUCUCAUCUAGGAUAUAGUUAUCUUCUACAUAAUCUUUCUGUAUCUUAAAACCCAUCAAUAAAUUAUUAUAUAUUUUCUACUUUUAAUCACUCAGAAGAUUUAAAAAACUCAUGAGAAGAGUAAUCUGUUAUGUUUUUCCAGAUAUUUACCAUUUCUGUUGCUCUUCCUUCAUUAUUUUCCAAAUUUCGUUCUGCAAAUUUCCACUUCGUCUGAUAGACGUUUUUUAGUUCUUUUAGAGUGGUUCUGAUAGGUACAGAUUCUCUUAUUUUUUGCUUCCUCUGAGGACAUCUUUUUCUCACCUUCAUUCUCAGUGAUGUUUUUUGCUUGUAGUAUUUUUAGUUGACAUUGUUUUCUGUUCAGCAGUUUCCUUUUAGCUUCCGUAUUUCCUGAUGAGAAAUCUGCAGUCAUUCAAAUUGUUGUUUCCCUGUAUGUAGUGUGUCAUUUUUCUGUCAGAUUUCAAGGUAUUUUUCUUUAUCUUUAGUUUUUAGCCAUUUCAUUAUGUUGGGGAUGAGUUUCCUUGUUUUAUUCCCUUUGGAAUUUGCUCCAAUUCAUAAAUUUGCAGUUUUAUGUCUUUUACCAAACUUAGAGGUUUUCAGCCUAAUUUCUAAAAAUACUUUUUAUUAGCCUGAUUUUCAUCUUUAUAGGAAAUAGUUUAAGUGAUGACAAGUUCCAAUAGCUUAUAUGCCCAGAAGGCCUUCAAAAUAAGAAUUUUGAAAGAAUACAGAAAACAAACUUUUAUAUCCUUCUCAUGUCUUCUACUGUAAAAUUCAUAUGCUUUGCUACUCUAAACCUAGUUUGAAAUAAACAGUCUUGAGAAUAGAUGAAAAUUUUGAUGAAUAGUGGAAUUCUUUUAAAUGGAAACCUCUUACAUGUGAUUUUCCUUGCCAUCUAGAAAUAAACCAUAGUAUUUAUGUUGAAUCAAUCAAUAUUAUAUUUUGUUUUUUUCCUCCUCUUCUGAGACUGUUAUUGUGGAAAUGUUAGACUUUUAUGUUUUCCUAAAUGUCCCUGAUAUUCUACUUAUUUAGAACAUCUUUUCAUUUUUUCCAUUAUUCUGAUUGGGUAAUUUUAAUUUGUCUAUUUUCAAAUUUGCUGGAGUGUUCACCUGUUGUUAUCUGUGUCGUCCCACUGAGUGCAUUCACCACCUUUUAAAUUUUGGUCACUGUAUGUAUCAGUUCUAAAAUUUCCAUUUUGUUCUCUAUAUUUUAAAUUUCUUGGCUUAUAUUCCAUUUUCCUGCAAAUGUGUCAGCAUUUGCUUGUUUGAGCUUUUUUUUUCUUCAAGACAGGGUCUCAACUCUGUUACCCAGGCUGGAGUGCAGUGGUGCGAUCUCAGCUCACUGCAACCUCUGCCUCCUGGUUCAAGCGAUUAUUGUGCCUCAGCCUCCUGAGUAGCUGGGAUUACAGGCAUGCACCACCACAGGCCAGCUAAUUUUUUGUAUUUUUAGUAGAGACAGAGUUUUGCUAUGUUGGCCAGGCUGGUUUUGAACUCCUGGCCUCAAGUGAUCCACCCACCUCAGCCUCCCAAAGUGCUGGGAUUACAGGCCACUACACCUGGCACAUUUGAGUAUUUUUUUUUUUUUUUUUUGAGAUGGAGUCUCGCUCUGUCAUCUAGGCUGGAGUGCAGUGGUGUGAUCUCAGCUCACUGCAGCCUCUGUCUCCCGGGCUCAAGCGAUUCUCUUGCCUCAGCCUCCUGAGUAGCUAGGACUACAGGUUCAUGCCACCACGCCCGGCUAAUUUUUUUAAAAAAAUAUUUUUAGUAGAGACAGGGUUUCACCAUGUUGGCCAGGAUGGUCUCGAUCUCCUGACCUCGUGAUCCACCUGCCUCGGCCUUCCAAAGUGCUGGGAUUACAGGCAUGAGCCACCAUGCCUGGCCUCAUUUGAGUAUUUUUAUAAUGUCUCUUUUAAAGUCUUUGUCAGAUAAUUCCACCGUACAUGUUAUUCAGUGUUUGGUGUUCACUGUGUUGUCAUUUGCCAGACAAGUGGAGAUUUUUGCAGCUCAUCCUUGUAUUCUCAGUAGUUCCGAUAUGUACCGUCGACAUGUGAAUGUUAUCUUAUGAGACUCUGUUUUAUUUGUAUCCAACAGAAGAUAUUUAUUAUUUA